UCUCUUCUUCCUGUUCAGUCCACUCACAACAGCAAUGGCGGCUGCUGCACGGUUUCUGCUCAGAGGUGCAGGCUCUAAAGCCUCCAUCGCGAAUGUAAAUAUUGGUGAUCAGAGCUUGUUUGGGAUUACUCUGCUGAGGCUAUCCCCGAAUUGCUCAUCCCAAACAAAAACACAAAGAAGGAAUGCUGCGCACUUCACCUACCACCCUGACCCUGUCCCCACAGAGUAUGGCCCCACUACAAAGAUGAACUUAUUUCAGUCUGUGACCAGUGCCUUGGACAACACUCUUUCCAGCGACCCCACCGCAGUCAUCUUUGGGGAAGAUGUCGCCUUUGGUGGAGUAUUUCGUUGCACCGUGGGUCUCCGAGACAAAUAUGGUAAAGACCGUGUGUUCAACACUCCUCUGUGUGAGCAAGGCAUUGUAGGAUUUGGAAUCGGUGCGGCGGUUGCCGGCGCCACGGCCAUCGCUGAGAUCCAGUUUGCCGACUACAUUUACCCUGCCUUCGACCAGAUUGUAAACGAAGCAGCCAAGUACCGCUAUCGCUCCGGCAACCUAUUUGACUGCGGGAACCUCACCAUCCGGGCGCCGUGGGGCUGCGUGGGCCACGGCUCGCUCUACCAUUCCCAGAGUCCAGAGGCCUUCUUCGCCCACUGCCCAGGCAUCAAGGUUGUAAUACCCAGAGGUCCGGUCCAGUGUAAGGGACUGCUGCUGUCCUGCAUCGCAGAUCAGAACCCCUGCAUAUUCUUCGAGCCCAAGAUCCUCUACAGAGCAGCGGUGGAGCAGGUCCCUACAGAGGCCUACACCAUCCCACUUUCGCAGGCCGAGGUUAUACAGGAAGGAAGUGACGUCACUCUGGUCGCGUGGGGAACACAGAUCCAUGUGCUGAGGGAAGUGGCCAACAUGGCUCAGGAGAAACUGGGUGUGUCCUGCGAACUCAUAGAUCUACAGACCAUCUUGCCUUGGGACACUGAGACCGUUUGCAAGAUUGCUUUCCCCUUAAGGCAUAAGAAGACAAAAAUGAAUUCCCAAUUGAAGGCCAGCAUUCCGGUGUCGCCUCUUCACUGUUGACGUUGAGACUGGUGUUUUGCGGGUACUAUUCAAUGAAGCUGCCAGUUGAGGACUUGUGAGGCAUCUGUUUCUCAAACUAGAUACUCUAAUAUACUUGUCCUCUUGCUCUGUUGUGCACAGUUUUUCACAGUCUGUCCACUGAUUGAUAGGCAGCUUAAACAUCUUAAAUGCAACCAUUAUUGUGUUACACAUAUCCAAUUGUGAAUAGCCAUCCACAACGACCACAAUCCGUAAUGCGCAAAUGGCUAAAUGAGAGGGCAGCAGUGUGAUUUACAUCAAUGCGCUAUGUAGAUAUAAAUAAUAUGUAGCUCGUAGCUGAUUGGCUGGGCCUGGCUCCCCAGUGGCUGGGCCUGGCUCCCCAGUGGCUGGGCCUGGCUCCCCAGUGGCUGGGACUAUGCCUUCCCAGGCACACUCUUGGCUGCACCCCUGCCCAGUCAUGUGAAAUCCAUAGAUUAGUGCCCAAUUUAUUUAUUUCAAUUGACUGAUUUCCAUGUUUGAACUGUAACUCAGUAAAAUCUUUGAAAUUGUUGCACGUUGCGUUUAUUUUUGUUCAGUGUAGUUGAUAAUCCCUGCAGUAGACUGUCUAAUUUAGCACUUAAAUUGCCCUUCAAUGUGGCACAGAAACCAUGCUAUUUUUCUCUACAGUGCAGUUCUGCCAUUCGUGAUUGAUUGAAUUCCAACUUAGGGCUGUAUUUCUACAUUGUCGCACAAUUUAAAGUAACUGUAGGAGAGGAGGUGAGCGAGGCCUGUGUAUUUUAUUUUAAUUCAUAAAACCAUGAAAAGCUGAAUCUCUUCAGUCAAUAAGUAUUCAUCCCCUGUUAUGGCAAGCCAAAAUAACUUCAGGAGUAAAGAUUUGCUAAACAAGUCCCUUGAUAAGUUGCAUGGACAUUAAACAUUUUUUUUUAUGA